AUGAGGUGUGUAAGUCCUUUCAAGCACGAUUUAUUAGCAAAUAAUUACUCGUGUAUUGGUGUUAGUAACAUGUUUUCUUCAAGACCGCUGAGCGCCAUUUUGGUGGCAGCCAUUUUGUGUAAUCAUGGAUACAGCAAAUCUGUUCCCUUAAAAAGACAUUCUCGAGAUGCAGAUUUGUCGCGAGCAAUUCAGAUUUUACAAGAUCAAAGAGAUCGACUCCAAGAAGAAGAUUUCAGAAGAUUGGCGGAGAGUGGCAUUGAUCUUCAGGCUUUAGGUUUAUUAGAUUCGGAAGACGUCGAAAAUGAACCUUUAUGGCUGUCCGAUUCCCUUGUUGAUCAGGAAAACCCAGAGGAGAUCCCUUUAGAUGAAGAAAUUCCAAUACCAGAGGCAGAAUCGGUUCCAGGGGAUGAUGAUGUUGUGGAAACAUCAAACGAGGAAUUGGAAAAUAUUUUUGAUGAAAAUGGCGAUCCUGCAGCAAAAAUAACCAAAACAGAGGAGAUUAUUGAAGAAGAACUACCAUCUAAUGAAAGUGACUCUCUUGACCUAGGUGAAGAUUCUAAACUUUCUGACGACGAGUAUCAAGCUUUAUUGAGAGCGGUCGAAAAAUUACAGAAAAAUUCCAAAGAUAGCGAUAAACCAAAUGAAUUGGAGAAUAUGAAAAAGAAACGUACACCCAAAGAAGUGGUUAAAGUAUCUAAAGAGGAAUUAAAUGGUGUAUUUGGAGAACCUCAAAAUGAUUCAAAUAAUAAUGAUAAAACCGACAAGGAAACCGAACCCGAUGUAUUGAAGAGAUCCCCACCAAACACUGCAAAUAUUGAAGAAACCUUGCCGUUAGACGAUUAUUGGCUUUUAAAUAACUAUCUAAACUACGACGAUUCACGAAAGAAGAGAUUUAUCCCGGAAAGGGUACCAAUGGUUGAUCAGCCAGAAUCUGAUGAAUUUAAUGGCGAUAGAGAUGCUAUGAUGGCUGAAAUCGAAAGAUUAAGAUUAGUUAACCAUUUGGAAGAUUUAGAAAACGAAGCUCUUACGGAAGCCUUGAAUCAAGCAACCCAAUCUCAAGAGGAAGGAUCCGUUUCAUCAAAAGAAUUCAAAUCUUUGGAAAAAGCCAUCAAAAUAGAAGAAGCGCUUCAAACUCUCAAUCCAUCUGAGGAACAGCUUGCUUUCAUAGUUCAAGCUUUAGCUAAAGAUGUGUUAAAACGCGCUGAACCGGAUUUUAAAAAGAAGCGAAUGGAUAUAGGUGAUAUUGAUAAUGAGUACCCUGUAUAUUCAGAAGAAUCAGCCAAGAAACGUUCUGGUUACAGAGAUGACCAAGGUUUGUGGUACGAUUUCUCAGCUAAAGACAAAAAGAGUAACAUUCAAUCUCAAGAUUUGUUGGAUUAUUUAGAAAGCCAAGUUGAAGGUAACCAAGAUAAUAAUGUAGAAAAUGAAGAUAUAGGAAAUGACGAGACUGGCAUUGUACCUUAUAUAUCUGAUGACACACAAGAAACGUGUCCAGAAGUUGAAUCAUUUAGUGAUGGUUGUGCCUUUGCUGAUUAUUAUGGAUUACCCAUAGAUAAAGAAGCACGAGAGUUAUGUAAUAGAUAUCAAAUAUGUAAUACAUGUGGUUCAAGUUUUGGAUUAACCAGUGACUGGUGUGAUAAUACUUACAGAGAGGUCUACAGUAGUUUGUGUGAGGAAAAUAGCGAAUGUGUCAUUGAAGCUGAACUAUUUUUAAGGACAAUGAAAUUAAAACGUCGUUUUGUAACACAACAGAUCUGUAUGGACCAAUGUACUGCUGAAUAUAUCGGCAUCGUGUAACGUCCGUUAUUAAAGGACCUGUACCUGUGUGAACAAAAUGUGUGACCUCUUGUCCAUUUUGUUUAAUGGCAGUACUUAAUCACUGCGACUGCGCAUAAGUCAAAAUAAUAACUUGGAGCACUUAAAUGGGUAAAGAAAAUAGACCCCAUUCCGUUUAGUUCGGAACUCGAAAAGCUUAAGAAGAAGCGAUUUGAGAUAAUUUGAUGAAUCGGUGCUACAAGUUACAAUUUCUGCUUGUGCUAGAAAAAGAAACGAAAUGGCUGACAUUUUAAGACGGAGUUGUAUAAGCAGAAAUACAAGCCGUAGUUUAAAAGAGACUGAAGUCAUUUUGCAAGGGUUAUCUAUUU